AUGCUUCCACAUUUCAGAGCCCGUCUCGAAUCUCAAAAUGACUACACGUGCUUGUCGCCGAAACUGCCGGCUGGUCUACAAGAGGAGAUUGAAGCCCGCUGUAAAAGUCCACAACUCGUCGAAAUGCACACAUUCAGAGAUGCUGUCGAUGUCAAUUAUCAGCGAAUGGCUAUCACCGGUGAAGAGCUCUCGGGUGUGCCGCUAGAGGAUUUGAAAGAUGCGGCGACACAUCUUAUCGAAGCGCUUCGGAUGAGAAAUCAGUACAUGGAACGAAUUGGGAAUAUGUUUCCAGUAACCACGAAACGUUUCCUCAGCGGUGAAUAUCCGGCGAAUCUGCCUAAAUAUCGCCGAAAGAAUACGGAAUCAACUGCCAACACUUCGUUCAAUCCACCGGAACCACCAAAGGAUCACUGGGGUUUGAACACUCCACUACCAGUGUUCUCCACCAAAUCAUUGGAAAAUAAACAGGCCAACAGUUCGUAUUGGCAAAGUAGAAGUAUGUUGGUGGCUGAUGGAAAACUGAAGCCGGAUUUUGCUAAGUACUACAUUUCUAAGGAUCAGUUCUUGGCCGAUACUGAACGCCUCACGCAGAUGAUUGUCGAUGGACCAUUAACAAGUUCCAACUGCAGUCUCGUACUCUUGAAUGAAAAUUCGCGAACUUCAUGGAAGAGGCAAAAGCCGUCUCUCAUCGGAUUCUAUAACAUCAGAAAGGUCGAUACUCACAUUCACGCUGCAUCGUCGAUGAACCAAAAGCAUUUGCUACGAUUCAUCAAAAAGAAGAUCCGAACCGAAGCCGAUACUGUGGUACUGGAGAAGGUCCUGAACCCAACCUCUUCAAAUCCAGAAAACAACAAGCCGGUCACCAUGAAGGAGGUGUUCAAAAAGAUGGGAAUCGAUGCUUACGAUCUAUCUGUUGACAUCUGA